UAUGUCAUUUGAUUGAGUGACACCCUUAACCAUAGCCAUAGCCACUGCUCUCGUGUUGUUAUUUACUGUGAAGACUUGUAUGUGAACGGAACAAACUGAAUAGUUUUGCACUAAAAUAAAAUAAUCUAAAGUGUUUGUGACUUUUAAAGGACACUUAAUUCCUCCAAAAUGAGUAUGAGACCAGAUGAUCACCGUCGAAAAUGGGACAAAGACGAAUUCGAAAGAAUAGCUGCAGAUCGCUUAAAAGCUGAAAUAGAGGAAGAAGAACGAGCAAAGAAAAAAGCCCCACCUGUGAAAAGAGAGCUUCUCAAACAACGAGACUACAAGGUCGACUUAGAUUCUAAGCUUGGCAAAAGUGUUGUGAUCACAAAGAACACACCUACCUCACAGUCCGGUGGAUACUACUGCAAUGUUUGCGAUUGUGUUGUCAAAGAUUCUAUCAACUUCCUGGACCACAUCAAUGGAAAGAAACAUCAGAGGAAUCUUGGCAUGUCCAUGAAAAUUGAGAGGAGUUCGUUAGAUCAGGUCAAAGCCCGUUUUGCAAUGAACAAACGUAAAUUAGAAGAGAAGAAACGUGAAUAUGAACUCGACACUAGACUAAGGGAAGCAGCGGAAGAAGAAGCUAGAAUUAAGGAGCAACGUCGUGAGAGACGCCGGGACAAGAAACGCAAGCUCAUGGAGUCUGAGGAACCAGAAGACAGUCCAGCACAGUCGGAACUUGCCCAAAUAAUGGGUUUCUCCGGCUUUGGAGGGUCCAAAAAAUAGUACAUAAUGAUUUAAGAGUGUUAUAUAUGUUAUAUCUAAUACAUUAUUAAAAUUGAUUUGAUAUGAA